CUACCAUUCUGUUGGCUACACUGUACAACGGUUUCCGUGUUGAAAAACAGACCCACUGUCAACAAACCCCGAGUUGAAAUUGAACCACGCUCUUGAUUCUCGCUGCACGCGUUGAAUCAUGAAUGAAACGAUCAUUUCAAUGGUUUCCCUAGACGUGCUUGUGCCUUAAAAUUUCGUUGCUAUGGAAGAUCAAGACCCCGUUGCGAAGGUUGGGGUGGGAAAGGCUGGGUCAAAUGUGCAACAAAAACACGGGAUUAGGCUCGAAAAGAGUAAUACUGGCAAAAGAACUGAAACUAAGAGGGUAUCAAAUGAUACUAUGGAAACUAUGUACCCUUCAUCCUCAUCAUAUACAACUGCCGAAGAGGGCCCUACAUCAAAUCACAACCACAUCCAGAUCUCUAAUGGCAUUCAAUCAGCCUCCAAAGCUGUGAGCAUGGAUGAGAAAUAUUCUGUGACAGAGCUUUGUUCCCGUAUCAGCCACCUGGAAGACUUACUUGCCGGGAAAGAAGCUGCCCUCAUAGCAGUCACUCAGGAAUUGGAUGCCAUAAAGGAAAUGAGUUGCAUUGAUGCUUCUAUUGGUCCACUUGCAUCUGGAUUUGAUGUUGACUUUAAGGCCUCCAUUGCUGAGUACAAUAGAAAGCUUCAAGAGCAUGCUGCAGCCUUGUGUCAAAGAGACGAAAUGAUACAGAAGCUUGCCAUGUCAUUGAAACAAAGCGUAAGAGACAGAGAGGAGCUGAAGAAUGAGGCAGGUCGUCUCACAGAGCAGGUGCACACUCUCCAGUCUCAACUACAUGCUGUUGGGCAGCAAGUGCAGCAGCCCCAGUCUAAACUCCUAGAGGCUCUACAAGAAAAAGAUGCCCUGCUACUGAAAAAGUCAACAGAAUUAACCCAGUGCAAAGCUCAGUCUUCUAAAGAGGUUCAAUUUUUAAUGAGCUCAUUGGAGGCGCUUCAACAGCGUGCUGCUAGGAGUGCAUCUGCUCCGCCACCUGCUAUCCCUAAUAAAGAUGAAUUAUCAAUAAAACUCUCAAAAGAGUUGAAAGAUUUAAGUGAGCGUUAUGAAACUGACAAAACUCAGCUUACAGGGCAACUUGUUGAAGCACGCCGAAUUGAGUCUCUCCUCAGAUCACAGUUAACUGCUGCUCAGAAUGAGUGUGAAAAGCUGAACCUGGACAUCUCAAGCUUGAAACUUGCUCAUGACACUCAGUUAUCUGCUCAUGAGGGAGCAUAUUUCUCCCAGAGUGCCCAUGAGGAACAACUGAAUCAAAAGCGAGAUGAUAGAGAAAAGAGAAUUAUUGAAUUAGAAAAUGAAGUUGAAUCACUUCAAUUGCUUCUGAAUGAGAAAAGUUUAGAAUGUGCAAGACAGGGAGACAAAAUUGAGCGGCUCCAAGCUCAAGCUCUCGACUAUACUGCUGAAAUAACAACCUAUCACCAAACCCUUGAACAGUACAAGAAACAAAUUGAUGAACGACAGAUGAAAUGUUCUGAGGAUUUGGCUCGCAAAGAUGCAAAUCAUCGUGCUGAAAUUGCACUCUUGAAUGGUCGCAUAUCUGAACUUCAAGAAGCGCAUUCUCGUCAGCUUCACAGUAUGCACCAAGACCUAAAUAGGAUGAAACAGAAACAGAUGGAAGAACUAGCAACAAUGCAACUAUCCCAUGAAAAUGAAGUGAAUACUAGCAAAAGAGAUGCUGAAAGAUUCCGAACUGAAUUAAGAGAGAAAAACAGCUUAUUAGUCCUCCAGGAACAGCAGCUCAGUGAAGAAAAGAAAUGGAGUAGGUCAUACAGCCAGAAGGUCGAGGAACUGGGUGAACAGCUGAAUCGAGAAGAACAUAAUAAUGAAAAAUAUAGAGGAAAGGUAGAGUCCCUUGAGCAACAACUUCAAGAGAUUGACCAGGCAUGUACUUUAUAUCAACCCCAGAUUGAAAUGUUGCACCAACAGUUAAAAGAUGAACGUCAGAAAUGCACCAACCUAAUGAAGCAACUAGAAGAUGUUCAGAAACAAUUGAAGGUGGAGCAGGAGAGAUGUAAAGCAUACAGUGCCAGUGUAGAUACGGCCAAUACUAACAUUAGGGAUCUGGAAAGGAAAAAUGCAGAGAUCAAAAGCCAAGCUUCAAAGCUUGACCAAAAUGCAAAACAGAGAAUUGUAAUGGAAGAACAGAAAAAUGCAACUCUUGAAGUAGAAAUUGUGAAACUAAGAGAGUUCCUUAAAGGAGAACAAAAUAGAAAUACUUCAUAUCAAAGUGAAUUUGAAGCCUUAAACCAGAAAAUCAAAAACUACACAGCUCUCGAUGAAAAUUAUAAAGAGGUGCUUUUGUCAUUAGAAAACGAAAGAGCUGUGGCCUCUAGGUACCUCUGUGAAAUAGAUGCACUUCAUCAACAACUUGAAGAUCAAAAUCUUAAAUUCACUAGUGAUAAAGAAAAGUUAGAGCUUCAGAUUCAAGCAAAUCAAACUUCCUUGGACCAAUCUGAAAAGAAAACAGAGGACCUAAAAAGGCAGCUGCUUGCUCUGCAACAGAGUCAUUUGGAGGAAAAGUGGGACUUGGAAAAGCAAGUGAAUGAUUUAUUGCAAUCAGCAGAGCAAUGCAAAUGCCUCAAGAAGCACACAGAAAGUCUAAAUGAGAUAGUAACCCAUUCUCUUGAUGCAGAAAGUCAGGCCAAAGAGCAUCCUAAGGUUUCUUAUGAACAAUUGUGUGCUUUGGAGGAAAAGCUAAAAUUGCUCUCUGAUGCUAACACACACCUGACAGAAGAAAGAGAACGGUCAGAAAUGGAAUUGAAUGAAGUGAAAGAGCUGUAUGCCACUUCUAAAGAAAACUUUGAUAAAAUGUCAAAUGACUUAAAGACGGAGUUGGCAAGAAAAGAAACUGACAUUGUUAAACUACAGGCACAGCACAAUGAAACUUUACUGCAAAGGAAAGUUGCGAAUGAACAACUUAAUGAACUUGUGUCUGUCAAAGCUCAGUUAGAAAGGGAGCUUAUUUCUGUUAAAGAAAAUUAUAGUAAAGAAGUAUCAACGUUGAGUUGCAGGGUACUUGAACUAGAGAAUAAAUUGAAAGCCACUAACGAAAAUGUGGGUGAAAACACCAUAAAAUGUCUUGUUAAAAAAUGUCAUGCGGACAUUUCAUUCUUACGGUCUCUGUGUGCAUCGAAUAAACGUGAGCAAGAUACUUCUUGGGUGGAUAAAGCCACUAAUUCCAUGCAAUUGUUGAAAGGUGACUUUAAUUGUGACUCAGUGGAAAUCACUGGGCUUAUGGCUCUUGAUAACCUUUUGGACCACUGUGAAAGAUAUUCCAGUGAACAGAGGAUGGGAAUAUGCCCAAGUGAAAGUCCAGUUGAACAACUGUACAAGUCGCUUCUCACUGUAGAAAAGCUCAAAAUAGAAUUAAACAGACAAAAGACACAGAUUGAUAAUUUAAAACGGGAAUGUAAUCAUUUGCCAUCUUCAAAUGUAGAUUCCAAUUUGUCACAAGCUGGGUCUCAACACCCCUCAAAAAAGGUGUCUAAAAUUGUGUCAUGUUGGGUUGAACAAUGUAGGGAUUUAGAGAAAAUUAAUGAACAACUGAAAUGUGAUGUGUGUGAAUUACAAGUAAAACUUAAGGAAGCAGAAACCAAAAUGUCUGUAAGUGAGCAAAUUGCUAAGAAAACAUCUAUCAGUGUUUCUGGAGAUAAAUGCAGUUGUGAGAUAAAAUAUCAGGAAGAAAGAAAUCUUCUCAAUAACUCUAUUGAGGCCUUGCAAAACGAACUCCAUGACAAAGAACUGAGCUAUGAAGAGAAAAUGAAGAGUAUAAUUGAAAAGAGCAAAGACCCAAAUCAGUCGUCUAAAGGCCUCUCCAAUUUGAUCAAUGAAUUUUCAUCAAAGGGUAAAGAAAUUAUCCGACUGCAAAAUGAGCUUAAGAAGAGCCAGCGACAUUGUCAAGUUCUUUUGUGCGAGAAAAGACAUUUGGAAGGACAGGUUGAGAAAACACUAUUUGCUUUAGAUGAAUCUUGGCAAACUUGUAAAUCUCUUGAGGCAGACCUGUAUAAGGUCUUGAAGGACAAAAGCAUUUUUCAGUCAAGACUUAUGCGCCUUGAAACACUCAACAAAAACGUCAACAAGAAAGAAGUCUCUUCAAAUGAAAUGGUUUGGCAGCUCAUUGAAGAACUUUCAGCAGCAGCUGCACAUGACCAGAGACCCACCGAGGUACUGCAGGAUAACAAUCAAAGAGUUACAGCUAUAGAAAAAAUAGAAUCUCUAAAAAAAAUAAUUAACAAGAUGAAUUCUGACUGUGAAUCACUGCUUGUGAAUCUUCAAAAGAAAAAUGACAAAGCUGCUGCUCUUAGCUAUCUUCAAUCUGAAGCUUUAGGACUUCGAAGAGUGCAAGCUGCAUUGCUUGAAAUUGAACAAACCAUAUUGAAUAGGUGUGGACCUGCUAUUCAAUUGCAUGUGGACCUACUGAAACAACAACUUCAAGAGAAACAAGUUAAUUAUCAAGAUAUGUGUGAGACUCACUACUCUUUGGAGGCUGAAAUGAGAGAAAUGGAGGAAUGUUUCCAGCAGAAAGAAGAGCGUUUGCAAGGGGAACUGAGUAAACAUAAGGCUACUGCUAAAUAUUGGCAGAUGAAAGCUCAAUCUAGUGAUGCUCAGCUUUCUACCUUACGUCUGAUAGAGCAAAGUCAUCACGAAAGCUUCUCAGAAAUACUUGUAGAAGUAGACUCAAUGUAUACUCAGGCAUUGAGUAUAUUGAAUGAAGAAGUAGAAAGAACAGCAGCAAUUAGAGAGGCAAAAGUAAGAGCAGAAAUGUCAGAAAAAUUUGCCUCUGCGGAAAAGAAAUACAUGCAACGAUUUGAUGAUCUUAGUAAACAAAUUAAAUCUGAAAGCAAUGUGAAGGCCCUGCAACUGUGUCAUGAGCAGGAAAUAGAGGCAGUACUUGCUAAGUGUGAAUAUGUUCGGUACAAAGACAUUCAUAAGCUGCAGGAGACAUCUUGCUCGUUUUUGAAGCAUCCCCUUCUUACUAAAAUUGAUGCAUCUGCUAGUGAACUAUCAUAUUUAUUGAUGAAACACAACCUGUCCUUGCAGUACAAGUUGUGUCUGGAAAGGGUAUCAUCUUCUUUGCAAGGUGAAUUGGAAAAAGAAUUUACUUAUUUAGAAGAGAAGAUAGGUAGUUCUUCUACAAAUGAUUGCCCAGAUUUGAGUUCGACUGCACCUAUUUUGUAUGAUGAAACUUGCCUCAGUAGUUUAGAGCAACUUGUCUUAAAAUGUAACGAAAUGUCUGAAAAAUUACUCGAAAUGCAGACAGAAGGUUUGCAAUCCUUGUUGUCUACUUUUAAAGAGCACCAUGAAGUUAUAGUUGGAAAAUUCAGAAGUAUGACAAAUGAACUUAACUCACUUUGUGAUAUUAAGAAUAUUCAAGAAGAGUUGGCUAAAGUUAAGGAAGAGCAUCAACUGGCUCUUGAAAGCUUGUGUGCAAGUCAUAAGGCUGAGGUGUGUCGUCUUCGAGUGCUGUCUGAACAGAAUGACAUUGAUUCUUCAGAGACAAAUGAGACAGCUUUGAACGUACUUCGAAGAGAGUUAGAAGAAAAACAUAAAAAACAAAUGGAAGAACUGCGAACAUACUUUGAACAGAAGUGUGCAGAUUUUGAAAAGCAUUAUUCGGAAGAAGUGUUUAGUCAACAUAGUAGGAAACUUUCUGACUGCAGUUCUGCUUCUGAGUCAGAGUUGGUUUCUGAAAUGUAUUAUGCAGGGCCUGGAUCUUCUUCUUGCACCGGUGCUGCAACUACACCCCAUUUUUGUGACAUGCUGGGAGAAUGCAGUUUCAAAGAACUUGAAGAGAAUACCAGAGCAGUUGACUUAGAGAAGCUUUUUGUUGAUAAUAGGGAGCAAAUAGAGACCAUGCGGUUGGCUUUGGAGAGUCGUCAUCAAGGAGAAUUAGAGGCCCAGAAAGAACUUUAUGAAGCAAAAGUGGAAGAAUUGCUACAAAAUAUGAAUGAGAGUCAUUCACUGGAACUGAAAUUGCAAAGUAAACGUUUAAAUGAGAUGCAAGAUCUAGAGAAGUCACUAACUAUUAAACUCUCUGCAGCUGAAAAAGAAAUUUUGCUGUUGAAAGAACAAAUAUCAUCCUUUGGAAAACCAGAAGUGCUUGAGCAACUCGAUGUCAAAAUAAGUGAGCCACAGAAGGAUGUUCACAGAACCUUACAUGAACUUGAAGCGGAAUUGCAAUCAAUGUCAAAUACUCUAAAGCGGAAAGAGUCUGAAAGUUCUGCCCAGAUUGCCUCACUGAAGAUAAAAUUAAGACAAAAUCUUGAAGUGACAUCAAAACUUGAAAAAGAUAUGUCGAACCUUCGGUCCAAGUAUGACUCAGAGGCUCAAUCCCUCUCAGCUGUAAUUAAUGACAAAAUCAAGACUAUUGAGGAACUGAAUCUUAAGAUCCAUGAACUAUCUUCGAAGCUUCUGGAAAGUGACUCUCUUCGGAAACAAUUUGAAAGUGAACUAAAGAGUACGUGCACUCAAAUGCAAAAUGACUUUGACAGUAUUCUCAGAGAAAAGAAUGAAGAGUAUAAUAGUAAAGUAAACAGAUUGCAAUCAGAAUUGGAGAAGAAGCAUCUUGCAGAUAUUCAAAAGGAGGCCCUUGAAAAUGAACACAUUUUGACAGAAAAAGUUAACAACUUGGUUGAGGAAAAGAAGAGAUUGCUGGAAGCGGAGUAUUCUGAAUAUUUGGAAUUUGUUAAAAAGUGUGCAGAUGACACAAAGAUGAAAUUAAUACAGCAUCAUGAGGAGGAAAAAAGACAACUCUGUGAGAAUCAUAAAAAAGAGAUAAUUGAACUUAGUAAAUCACAGCAAACUAAUCACAUUUCGGAAAGCAAAAUUGCAGCAUCACAGAGUAGUUUGCAAGUUACACUCUGCAAUGAGGGCUUGAUCAAAGAGUCUGCUCUUAGUAAUUGUUUGCAGGAGUUGCUGAAAUUAUCUUCUGAAAUGCCUUUAAACCAGCAGCAGCAUCUGGAAAAAAUAAUUUUGAAGUUAUGUCGGGAAGAAGUAAUUCAUCAACAAAAAUUGCACCAAGAGUUAGAAUCCAGACUUGAAAGUGUCCAGAAAGACUGUGAAAGACGCUUCCAUUUGCAACUGGAAGAAGCAAGAGCUGACAUUGUCAAGGCUCUUGAGCAGCAAAUUCAACAACUUCUGGAUGACAGUACUGAUACUAUGGAUAAACCAGUUGAACUUCAACAAUUAGAAAAGAAAUUUGCUCAUAAAUACCAGCAGAAACUGACUGACAUGCAAAACGAAUAUGAAGCCAAAGUCUCUGUGCUUUUAUCCAAACAUGCAGCACAAUUAUCUGCUGCCAGGAACAAGAAUCAGAAGAAUAAUGGGAUUACAUCUGAAGAUUUGGAAAACUUAUACAAGGAGAGAGAUUGCCUGCGAAAUGUUGCCGCGACUUUGCGUGAUGUUGUGGCUGAACUUGUUAGAUAUUUCUUGUCAUGGGAGGAUGAUUUUAAUAACACUUUAAUGGAUGAACUUGCUAAACUAGAGUCGGUAAAAGACAAUGAUAUUCUGUCAAUUACCAACCAGGAUGAUAGUAUCAUUUUAGAACAGUCACACAAUGUGUCGGAAAGAGAUUCUACUGCUAGUGAUGAUGAAAUACCUGUCAUUGUUGCUACCCCUGCUAAAGGAAGAGAGCCCUCUUCUUUUGUAAAACGAGUUCAUUUCGCGCCAGAUGUUUCUGGAAUUCUAUCUCUCCUUGAUGAUGGCUCAUUACUUGAUGGUGUUGGCCUAAACUGUAGCAUCCGAGAUGCAUCAUUGAAUUUUCAAGAAGAACUUGAUCGCUGCUUGGCCCGACUUCGGAGCGACUCUGCAGCGUUAUAUGCCUUGUCCAAACCAGCUUUGUCUAGUGUUGUGCCCAAACAGCAGUGCGUGCCUUUGCCUUCUGAAGAUGAGGCCACAGAAAAGCUCUCUGAAAAAUUGUCCGAAGCCCUGCAUCGUGCUGAACAGCUUCAGAGAGAAAAUGAGGGACUUCAAAGUCAGAUUUAUACUUUACAAGAGGAACACAAAAUGUCUGUUGAUGAACUAGAGGCCAUACGUGAGCGCCUUACUAAUUUUGAACAAGAGGCCCGGCAUCAAGCAGAGCUAGUGGCUGAGGGCUACGGAGAAGGGGAAAGGUCAAUUACUUGCGAUGUUCCAAGCAGCCCGCGUGCUACCACUGUUGGAGAACUCCAAAGCAAAGCACGAGCACUUCUAUUGGGAGAAAGCAAUGUUGAAGAGGGGUCUGGAGUUGUUUCUCCUAACACAAGCCAGCUUUUGCCCCAUGUUGUAGAGGAGCUGUGCAGAGACUGGGAGCGCUUGGCUGAAGAUUCGAAACACAAACAAGAGGACCUCCAGCAACAAGUUGAAGCAGCGGACAAACAAUUACGUGCCUCAAGAACCUUUAUGGACGAACAAGCAGCUGAAAGGGAGCAAGAACGAGACGAAUUUGUCCAAGAAAUCACGCGAUUGCAAGAAUUACUGCGAGACAAAGAUCGCGAUCGAACUUCUCAUCAACAUAUGAAUCACGAGUCUACUGAUCUGAGUUGCAUGCACCUGAAGCACCUAGGCCUAAGCACAUCUGUCUCCGUUGAAACUUUGGAAAAUCAACUUAAAGAGACUCAAUUAACAUUACAAGAAGCACGAGAAAAACUUGAAAAGCUCCAGGCAGAGCAUAAACAAGCAGUUGAGAAGAUAUGGACCUUACGAGAUAUAAUCAGUGAUUUGGAAGUGCAAGUUGCUUCGAAAGCAGAAGAAGCUGCUUCCGUGUCUGCCCAAAAUGCCGCCCUCCAACAAAUGGUGGAACAGCAAGGUCGCACUCAGUUAGAACUUGCUCAAGAAAUGGAAGAAAUCCAGUUGUGUUCAAACAAUGGAAAACUUGCAGAACAAAUUUCUCAGUUAGAAGAACAGCUUAAGAAGCAUCAAAUGCUGGCUGAUCAGUUAGGUGAUCCUAAUGUCAUUGAACAUAUGAAAAACCAGCUCCGAGAUUUAGGCAUGUCAUUAGAGCUGCACACUCGAGAAUUGGAAUGUGCGAAUGCUUCCAAUGCCUUACCUGCCAGUCCAUGCUUAAGCUCACCUUCAGAGGAUGUUUCAAUUCGUGAAACAUUGUGGGCCAUGCGGUGUGCCAACGAAAAUAAAGAUGGUUCUCACAGUGCAGAUCCCUGUCUAGCCUUACCUCUUUAUGAGGUUUCCGUUGUAAUGGAACAGUGGCAAAAACAUGCAAGAGCUGAUGAUGCUAUUUUAAAGAAGAUCCGUGAGAUAGAUGUGCAUGUGGAUGACAUGCACGCUGAGAAAGAUGCACUAGUUUCCCGACUUCAAGAGCAAAUGCAACUGUCAUCAUCUCUUCAAUCAAAAUUGGACGAAUAUAGAUGUAAAUCUGAUGUCAAACUAUCUCAAGCCACAACUGAAAUGCAAAGCCAGAUUGAGGAUCUAAGAGUUGAAAUUCACAAUUAUGAUGAGACGCUUGAAUCUAGAGAAAAGCAGAUAGAAAAUUUGAGAAUGUCUCUUCUUCGGGCAGAAAAUGAACUGCGGACAAGAGAUGCCGAAAUAAGGAAAAGUGCAGAAGCAGAGCGCAACAUAGCUGCUCAGUUGCAGUUGCAAGUCUCAAAACUAAGUGCAGAUAAGAAUAAACUUGAGGCAAUGCUUUCAGAAAAAAAUGCUAUGCAUGUUAGCUUACCUGCACUAGUUGAAUCUAUGCUUGUAGACAAAAAUGAUGACAUUGACAGAUUAGAAAGACAAGUGCAGCAUCUUUCUAAACAGAUGGAAUUAAGUAGUCAUUAUGUUGCAACACCUAGCACCACAUUAGAAUUUGAAUACUCUGAGUCAGAGAAAGUACGUGCACAUGUUGAACUGUCACCUGUUUUGCAUCUUAGAAGAAGUGUCAACUUGUCGCCAAUUAAUGAAAGCGUGUGUCGCCAAAGUGAUGUCCACCCAGAUGAGAUUUCUGUCCCAUUUGGAGCACAGCAAAUGUCCUUGGAAAACAAUAAUCCUGAAAUAGAAGUCAGUCUGAAGCCUAUACCCAUAGAGGAGGAAAUGAUACAUUCACAGCAAAACCCAAGCAAUGAAAGUAUAUCAGAAAUUCUUAGCUCUUCUGCUGAUACUUUCAAUACUUCAAGUCUCUCUAGUUGUGAGAAAAGAGUUGCAACUCUUGAGGAGGAAUUAGAAGAGAAGAACAAGCUCAUUGCUAAUUAUGAGCAACAGAUUCAGGAGAACGCAGCGAUACUUUCUGAAAUGGAGCAGAAAUGUAAAGGCUUGGAGGAUUGUGAGAAAAAGUUGCUGGAUAUGGUCAAUUUAGAAAAAGAACUGUCAACAGUCAAAACAGAAUUGGCAAAAACUCGCUUAGAAUUAUCAGAUAAAAUUCAGCAAUCUGAUGUUCAGUCAACUCAAAAACCCACUGAGCUUGAGGCAAAAGAAUCUGAGAUUCAGCGACUUAAAGAUGAAGUUGGUGCUACUCAAACCAUUCUGGCAAAUUUGCAACGGAAAGUUCAAGAAGCUAAGCAAAUAGCUAGAUCUCCUAAUCGUUCCUCUCCAGAAAAGAACCAGGCCUUACAAGCUGUGCAGAAUGAACUUGAAACAGCAAAACAGGAAAUUGUCGAGUUGAAAGAUUUAUGCACAUCAAUCCGAUCAGAAGUUGAAGGAGAGUUUCUUCAGAAGCAGGCUCAAUUUGAAAUUGUGCUUAAUCGUGAACAGCAGGCUAAGAAGUCACUUCUAGAAACUUUAGACAAGAUGCAGAAAGAAAAGAACGAGCUAGAGCAAGAGACCAACAAGACAAUUCUAAUCAAAUUAGAGAAAGAACUCAAGGAGACAAAAGAUAAAUUAACAGAGAUAUAUGAAGAUAAUGCUAAACUGCAAACAGAACUGAGCCAGGUUAAUAUGGAGUGUGUCACUCUGAAACAACAGCUAAGCACUCCCAUCAGAGAGGCAACUUCGCUUGCCCAUAAAUUGGAGUCAGAAAAGAAAUUUUCAGAUACUCUGAAGGAAGAGCUUUUGUUAUUCAAAACUAAAGCCAGUUCUUUGGAUGAGGAAUGUCAAUCCCUGAAAGAGCAAACUAAGGUCCUUCAGGAAAUGUUAGACUCAGGAAAGAAGAAUUCUCAAAUAACCAGUGAGAAUGAAAUACUUUUGAAAGAUAUUUCCCAUUUGAAAACAGAAAUUGAGUCACUGCUUCAGGAGCUUAAGGGCUACAAAGACAUAAUUGAUGAACUUUCGCACAGAAAUGCUGUCUUGACAGAAGAAAAUACUGAUGUAGGGAAAGAGCUAUCAGAUAUGAAGCAAAUUAUCAUUGACUUGCGUGGAGAAAAAACUUCGAGGGAUGAAACUCAGAGAGAGCUGCAGUCCAAACUACACGAAUUGAAUGAAUUAAAAAUUCAGAAAGAUAAAUAUAUGAAGGAGCUCUUCUCAUUGAGACAAGGACUGAAUAACAUUCACUCUGACACCAAUGAUUUAUCUGGAUUAACUUCGGAAGAUCAUGCCAUUUUACACAACCUUCAGAAAUUAUUGUUCACCAGAAAACAUAGGGGAGAGGGAGAUGGCCCGUGGAACAGGUUGUCUUUUACAGAGACUGACAUUCAUGAGAUUCAGCCGGCAAAUUCUCCAGAAUCUGAGUUGCUUGAUGAUCUCACGGAUUUAGUUCAGCAUGAAGUUGAUGUAUCAGUGCAACUGGAUCAAUCUUUACUCCAAACAAUAAACCCUCACAAAAAAGAAGAGGUGUCAGUGGCUGAGAAAAUGGAAAAGCAAGCUGAUCAAGCGGUAUUUGGCAGAAGUCAAGAUGCACGUGAGAUUCAAAGCCAGAAAGUUAGAGAAACUGAAGCACAGGAUAAGAUUUCUCAGCUGGAGAAGGAAUUGUACCACAUGCAAUCUUCAGUCAAUUUAUUACAUGCUAAACUUGAAGCCGAGCGAGCACAAUACUGCACAUUGCAGCAACAGGACUGUGUCCUGAUAGAGCAAAUGCGGGUGAAACUUUCUGAAGCUCUUGAUGGUCAAGCCAGGUUACAGAUGCAAUUACAAUCUGAAAAAAGCAAACAGCAUUGUUUGUUUAAGGACACCAACCAGGUUUCAAAUCAAUCAUCUAAGCCUCUAUCUGACAAAAAUAGUGACGAACUUCAAGAACAACUGAAUGCAGCUAAAUCAGAGCUGGCAAGACUUCAGUUAGAGAAAGAUGCAUCAGAAAGGCAGAUAAAGAGGUUGCUAGAAGCUGAAAUUCAAUGGAGUCGUAGAAGAGCUCUUACGGAAGAAAAGCAUAGGCGUCGUAUUGAUCAAUUACAAUCUUUACAUGCUGAAACGCAACAAGAAUGUUUGAUGUUACGGCAAGAACUGUCAGCUUUAAAUCAAAAGCUCCAGGUCGCUCAAGAGGAAUCUGCAAAGGAUUUAGAUGCCCAGCUGAAAAAUCAUACGCCUUUUGUAGAGAGACUCAAGAAUAUGAACGCCUUCCUUGAAGAACACAUUGAAGAAAAUGUGAGGAUGGCAAAUGAAAUGGAAAAGUUGAUAGAUGAGCAUAGAAAGUUACGAAGCCGUAUUGCUCAGCUAGAAGGUCAACUUGCUGAUAAGAGAAGUAAUGAAAGUUUUGAAGCAGCCAAUGCCAGAUUUGCUGCUGAAAGAGCUGGGUGGGAGGCAGAACAAAAAGCGUUGCUUCAUGCAUUGAAUGAAGCAAAACAAAAGCAACUACUGCUUCCCGAUUCUGAUGUUGAAGAGAGAGUGAGUCAUUUGUUUGGGCGCUACCUGCGUAUGCAGAGCUACCGAAAAGCCUUGGUGUGGCAGAAGCGGUAUCUUCUCUCAGUGAUAUCUGGACUAAAUGAAUCAAAAACAUUGGCAGCUUCACAUUUAACCUCUUUUGGUGGAAAAGCGAAGGAAAAGACUAGUACAUCUCGUCAAAAAUUCAGAUCUGCUGUACUGGUGAUAAUUGCUCUUCAGCGUAUGAGAUUUAUGGUUGAGAGGUGGCUUCGUGGGAAGCGUAUUGGCUGCGGAGUUGUUGUCCAGCAAACUCUUUCUCAAUACACUUUCACAUCAGGUAAACAGCCUACUUUUGCUGGAACUCGGGUUCCUACAGAUGAAAUGCGCAGUGGGCUAUCACAGUCACCUCCUACCUUAGAAAGACCAAGACAGUCACGUUCUCAGCCUUCAGAACAUCCCCAACUUCCAAGAUUUUCAAUGACGAAUAGAGGCUAUGGAUCAAGUACUCUUUCAGAGUGUGUUACAAAUUUCCAUUUGGUUCAACAGCGCUUUGACGCCCUCUUAUCAAAUCCACCUAAAUAGUAAAAAUAUUUGCAAAUUUGAGUUUUUUGUUGCCUAAUCCAAUGCUGUUUGUCACAGUGCAUAUUACAUUAAAACUACUGAUAUAAUGCCAACAUGAUAUUGAGGCUAGUCACUUCAUGCCAUUUGUUUGUAGAAAUUCACAUUUUUUAUUAGUAGUAUUAUUUUACAUGAGUAUUUUUCAUUUUGCAAACAUUGUUAUGAACAUUUGUCAGGCAAAUUGGUUAUUUGUCAACUUUCUAAUUAUAAGUGAUGAUGGGACAAUUUUCUCCUUAACGUGGAGGUGGAAAGAGGAAAUUGCAGUUGUUAAGGGGCUGCAAUCAAUUGUGAUACUGAAAUUUAAUAGAGUUGAAGGUUAUACCAGUACGUGUUCAAGAACCUUCUUGAACUUUGUUUGAUAUGUCCUUUCUUUCUAUUUGUUUUGUAGUAUUAUUUAUUACUAAAAUAAUAAUUUUUGUGUGUGUGCCUUCUGUUUUUGACAGCAACUUAUUAUUUUUUAAACUACUGUAUUCACAUUAAGACUGCAAUUUUGUUUAGAUACUGGCAAGCAUAGGCUGCAUUGUGAUGAAAAUAGUGUACCUGUAGCGUAUUGUGCGUACAUGAUUGUCAAACAUUUUACUGUCCACAAAAUGAAGAUUCCAAAUUAAAGUGUGGCCAAGAACAAACCAUGUUAGGUUUUCAUUCUUGGUUUGUCUUUUUAAGUUGGAGAUCAUGUAGAAACGUUAUUUCAUUGAGAUAAGCCACUUUUUGUUGUCAUGUUUUUAAUUUGUAUGAAAUAAGUUUAUGGUUGUAGCUAUUAGAUGUGAAACACUCCACAUUUGGGACACUCGCAUGCUGAGUUAUUGUAUUAGUUUAUUUUUUUGAACUCUCUUGGACGUUUUAAUAAAGAAGUGUGAACUGACUUACUUAGAA